GGGCCAGCGGCUUCUGUGCGGGGGGGGCAGUGCAACCAAUCCGACCGGCGGUCUGCAAGCAGAUGAGAGAGGAGAGCCGAGGGGGGGAUCAGAAACGCCGGCUACGGAGUCCAGACAGCGGGGAGCGGCGCUUAAAAGAUACCCGCUCGGAGAUAUAAGCCACGCUGCUAAGAGAGUGCCGGUGAAGCGAGUCAGGGGAGAAGGUAUUCCCCGGGGAGAUACAGGAGGGGGGCAAACGGGGGUGGUACAGCCAGAGUCUGAAUCCAGGAAGUAAGAACCGGUCAGGUGGGACAAGCCAAGACAACGCAGGUGACACACCGGCGCAGGGAGCGUGGAUAGAGGGAUAAGACAAGAGAAAGGAAGAGAGAAGAGGAGAGAGAAAGGAGAGGAGACUAUCAGUUCAUCGGGGGUUUAUGGACUGGAGGUGGCGAUGUCUCCAGGAGAGGACGGCCUGAUUGGGAUCCCCUUCCCGGAGCACAGCAGCGAUCUCCUGUCCCGGCUGAAUGCCCAGCGCCGGGCGGGGCUCCUGUGUGACCUCACGCUGACCUCGCGCGGCUCGCGCUACCCCACCCACCGCUCCGUCAUGGCCGCCGUCAGCCUCUACUUCCGCCGGCUGUUCGGCGCGGACGAGGCGGAGGACGGCGGCUGCGAGGGCUCGGGCGCGGGCGCCAGCUGCAGCGUGUGCCAGCUGGACUGCGUGGCGCCCGACGCCCUGGACGCGCUGCUGGAGUUCGCCUACACCGCCACGCUCACCAUCCGCAGCUCGGGCAUGCGCGAGGUCCUGAAGGGCGCCCAGCUGCUGGGCAUCCAGUGCGUGGCCGACGCCUGCCGGGACAUCCUGGGCGAGGCGGCCGACGAGGCCGAGCCGGAGGCCGCCGCCGUGGCGACGGAGGAGCGGAGGGGGGCGGGCGACGCCACCACCGCUGCCCAGCACCGAGUGUCGCGCCGCAAGCGGGACCGCCGGCACGUGCCCAAGGCUGCCUCGCCCGCACGGCCCCUGUGGCGCCAGCAGCAGCAGCAGCAGCAGCGUGUCCAGCAGUCGCCGCCCACUCUGCUGACCGGUCUCUCCCGGCCCAGCCACGGCCAGCCGCUCACGCCCUCCGCGGACUGGGACGAGUACCACCAGAACACCACGCGCCGCGCCGACCACGACGACAACAACGACUACAACGGCCACGCCGCCCACACCCACGGCAGCCAGGGCAGCCAGCUGCGGGCGCUGGUCAACGGGGGCGCGCACUGGCACCAGGAGAGCACGCCGAUGCCCCCCCCCGCCGACGACGCCGUCUCGGAGAAGGAGAGGAGGCUGGAGGUGGGAGUGGUCACCCAGGCGCCCAUCACUGACCGGGCCGCCACGGCCGGAGGGCCCGGGGUGCCCGGCGGGAGGAAGAGGAAGUCCCAGACCCCCCAGCAGUGCCCCGUGUGCCAGAAGAUCAUCCACGGCGCGGGCAAGCUGCCCCGGCACAUGAGAACACACACCGGCGAGAAGCCCUUCCAGUGCACGGCCUGUGGAGUGCGCUUCACCAGGAAUGACAAGCUGAAGAUUCACAUGCGUAAGCACACGGGCGAGCGGCCCUACCCCUGCCCCAAGUGCAACGCCCGCUUCCUGCACUCCUACGACCUCAAAAACCACCUCUCCCUGCACAGCGGCGCGCGCCCCUUCGAGUGUCCGCAGUGCCACAAGGCCUUCGCCCGCGAGGACCACCUGCAGCGCCACCGAAAGGGCCACAGCUGCCUGGAGCUGCGCACGCGACGCCCGCGCCGGGCAUCCGGCCCCGCAGCGCCAGGGGGCGAGGGGACCUCGGACGGAGGAGGAGGAGGAGGAGGAGGAGGAGGAGGAGGCACCGCCGCCACCGGGGGGGUCCAGCAGGGGCACCUGGAGGCCCCGCUCUCGCUGCAGGCCCACCAGCGCUCGUCCCCGGGCCUGCCCCCCUCGCUGGUGUACCCCGACAGCGCCCAGCAUCUGCCCCUGCCCCUGCCCCUGCCCCUGCAGGCGCUGCCCCUGCUGGGGCACAGGAUGGCCGGCCUGGCCGCCAUGUGGCGGGGGAUGGAGGGUCUGCGGGAGGAAGGGGUGGGGGGGUCACCGUCUCCGUCCCCAUCGCCUCACCCCAGCAGGCCGCCGCCGCACGGAUGGGAUGGAGAGGAGGAGGAGGAGGAGGAGGAGGAAGAGGAGGAGGGAGAGGACGAAGGAGAGGAAGAGGGGGAUGAGGAAGAGUGAAGAAAGAGGGCACUGCUCACGUGUGGUGGCGAGAAGCAAAGUGUGUGUGUGUGUGUGUGUGUGUCUGCAUGGGAGUCUGUGCUGCUCUCUGCCCUCGUCAUGGUACUGUUCUUCCAUGGAGGUGGCCUCGACUCAGGCAAACUGACCUGUGAGAUGAAUGACUUCAUUACAAAGCGCUUAAAGGACAUGUGGAAAAAACGGGUCUUUCUGAUCAUUCAUGUCUGAUCAAUCAUAUUUCUGGAUCUGGGAUGCUUCUUUUUUGUUUCUUGAGCUUGUUUUCUGUUUUACGUUAGCUGGUUGGUUUUCUUUAUUUGUUUCAUUUGACCUUUCUCUGUCAGAAUUAUUUUUGUGAAUAUAUGCUUGAGGCAUAAGGGGUAAGAUUGAUUUUCUUUUUACUAUGCAAUCAUGUACAGGAGCAAUGGAAGGAACUGUAAAGAGGGACUCUCUUAAAGUAAUGGCCUUUUGUAAUGUUGAGUGAAAGCCCACAGGAUUAUGCCAGAGCAUAACCCAUGUGUUUUGGGUGCCACCUGCUGGUGGAGUUGUGGUACUUGGAGUUGCAGGUAGUGACUUUAGCAUCUUUUCAGGAUCGUCAAUAACUCUUUUCACAGGCGAGAAGGUCACUCAUAACGAGUUGUACCAACAAGUACGUGACAUCUUCUGCUUCUGCUAGCAGUGGGAAUAACUCUAGAGUUUAUAUUAUCCACCUCAUAUUAGUCUUUCUGUAGGCUAACCUGUGUUGUAGCCAUGUACCAAAGAUAACAGUUAAGUAGACGUUUAUUUAUCAGAAUAUAUGCAAAUUAAUUCUUUAAAGAUCAAAUCUGAUCAUGUCUAUCAGAAGUCACCAUUCAGUCACCUGCUCCAGGUCUGUCUCUGCGUUCCUCAAGGGAUGUGAUGAGUGUGUGUGUGUGUGUAUCAUAAAGCAGAGGUUUCUAAUACAGACCAGAGUCUAUUUCUGAGGCUUAUGGGUGGGAUGUCUGAGAAGCAUCACCGAUGUUGUGUUUACGUUUUCUGUUGACAAAGGUUUGUUUUGAGCGGCGUUCAUAUAAUGAUGGUCUUCCAAAGCACUCCAUCUUUUGUUUUGCUUUUGUUAUUGCAAAAAUAGAAGGGAGAGAAGAAAAACAAGGAAUGAAAAAGACAAAUAAUUGCGCGGGUCCCCUCUGCGUGAGCUAUUUAUUUAUUUAUUGUCUGGUAUUUAUUGUGGCUUUUCCACGCUAAAUUUAGAGUUUGGUUAGCGUACGGCAUCUCGGCUCACCCUCCACCUGUAGGCCUUUCCCUGUCUCCAGCGCACACACCCUGUGGCACGUGCCUAGUAGCCCUUUUGAAUCCAGUCUUAAGUUGAUCUUGUUGAAGUGCUGUUGCAAGCAGUGGCCACCAUGGCUUCUGCGUACUGUACUGAGGGACUAUGGGUGCCCUGCUAGCCAUAUUUAACCCCUUUUUGCAGUUUUUUGCACAUCGAACCCUUGUGAUAUAUACUGCAUUGCCCCUUCAGGCCGCAGCUGAUGCUGAGGUGGAUGUAGCCCAACUCCACUCAGUCAGCUGACUGCUGCUGCUUGGCCCCCAGCCCCCACCAAGGGGAAGAAGAGAAGCAAAAGAUGGUGAAAGAUAUGGGACAUGGGUUUCGAGAGAACAACAGUUUGCCUUUUUGAAUAUGACAAGAGUGGACAUAUAGUGUUGAACGAAUUAUUAUCUUAAGAAUACAAGAUAUAUAUUUAUAUAUAUACACAUAUGUAUACAUAUAUAAAACAUAUAUGCCUCAUGAGUCCAGCUUUUGAAAAUGAUGAAUGAAGAUGUUGUGUUCCUCCUUUGCAUACAUUCUGGCACUGCCCUAGUGCAGUUUUUGUUUGUUUUUGUGUGUUUGUUUAUAUGGUAUAAUCUCUCGAGUGAAAGCCUUUUACUAUGACUGUUAACUUCAGGUGUCUCUCUGGCCCCAAAUGAUCGUGAAAGUAACCUUGAUGGAUAGUGAUAUACACAUUAAUCUGAGUGUGCUGGGUUUCACACAUUGAGCGGUGGAAGAAAUGACACAUACUUGCGUACAUGAGUACAUACAAACGUUUGUUACUUUUGUUUUGUUUGUUAAAGAUGAAAGGGCCUUAGUUUUGUUCUGCGUGCAUGGAGGCGUCCACGGCAGACGAGGUUAGCUCUGGACCAGAGGCAAGGGCCUGCUCCCACCUCGCCUCCCCUACUGAGAGGGACUCUCUGACGUUCGAGUUUAUUUGCACUAAAACGAGAGCUUUAUGUCGUGGACUUCACGUCCCCUCAGACACCCAUUCCAUGGCUUUACAAUAUCGGUUAUGAUUGUAAGAGAAGCAGAGUUGAUCUAACUUUAAUGAUCUGGAGGAAUAUCCAUUAUAGUUGUACAGUAGGUUAGUCCACUUUAAAGAAAUUUAUGGUUGCUAUGUUUAAAAGGGUCAAGCUGCCUUGUUUUUUUUUUUGUUUUUUUGCAAAUUUACUCAGGAAAUCUUGAGCAAUGCACUAAGUGAUUAUGCAAAAUUGAUGAGAGUAUAUGUAAAUAAGUAAGAACACAGCCUAUAAACACCCUUCAUUGUGAAAUCAGGUAGACUAUAUUUCUGGAUUGUUUUUGAUUUAGCAUGUUAUAUUUCAUUUCAAGGUAAUGAAGAUGUAAUACAUAUGCAAUUAGAACCUGUAGGCUAUCAUGUUUUAGACAUUGGAGCCGGACUCAUCAUGAAGGGUGUUCUUAUGGAUCUUAUUAAUGUGUGAGAGGACGUGUGAUCUAACAAUGCCAGCUGUGAAAAAGUAGGUGCUGUCUGUAGAAUUUGCUUUGGCUUGGGUAUGCGGAUUGGGGUUCAGAUUUUGGAGGAACCCUACUAUCAGGGAUUUUCUGUUUUAGUGGAUUCUCUCUCUCUCAGUGAUACAUAUUUCCCCUCAGCAUUUAUUUCUCAUGUUGUAAAGAAAUGCAUAAAUAAAAAAUAUAUAUUGAUUUC